CUACAAACGUCAAUGUCAAAACAUUUCUGGAAAGGGGAAAAAUAAAAUAAUAAAAUUGGCACUUUCUCGAGUGUAAGAAAAUUGCGUAAAUAGUUAGAUCUUUGUUGAGCGUAUAAUGAUAAUUAUAAUUUAGAACUUUAAAAAUGAGUAAGCAAAAGCAUAUGUAUUCUACCGCAAACCUUAGUGACAAAGAAUUGAAAGAACAAGGAAACAGACUUUUUAGUUUGCGUCGUUACGAAGAUGCUAUGAAUUGUUAUACGAAGGCUAUAAUAAAGAAUCCAUCAGUUGCUACAUACUUCACAAACCGAGCACUAUGCCACCUCAAGGUGAAGCGCUGGGAAGCCACUUGCCAAGACUGCCGCCGUGCACUUGACAUUGACUCUAACCAGGUCAAGGGACACUUCUUUUUGGGACAAGCUCUGGUGGAACUUGAGUUCUAUGAUGAAGCUAUCAAACAUCUUCAUAGAGCCAAUGACCUUGCCAGAGAGCAAAAACUCAACUUUGGUGAUGACAUUGCUGCACAGCUCCGUAUUGCCAGGAAAAAGAGAUGGAAUGUUCAGGAAGAGAAGAGGAUCACACAGGAAAUUGAACUUCAGACAUAUCUGAAUAGGUUAAUAAGUGAAGACAUGCAGCGUAGAAUGGAAGCCUUAAAACUAGAGCACAAUAGCGAAGAGGAUGUUAAUUUAAAAACGGCGAAUAUAGAAGAAGAAUGUAAUAAUUACACCAGCGAGCUAAAUAAUUUAUUUGCCAAAAUAGAUGAUAGGAGAAGGAAACGUGACGUUCCCGAUUACCUAUGCGGGAAGAUAAGCUUCGAAAUACUAAACGACCCGGUGAUCACGCCGAGCGGCAUCACGUAUGAGAGGAAAGACAUUGAAGAACAUCUUGAGCGCGUCGGCCAUUUCGAUCCAGUGACGCGCGUGAAGCUAACAUCAGAUCAGCUCAUCCCUAACUUCACGAUGAAGGAGGUUGUCGACUCCUUCCUCCAGGAGAACGAGUGGGCGCUCGACUAUUAACUGGUUCAAGUUUAUCUAUGGGUAAUUAAGUUUAAAUUGUCAUGUUAUAAUAUAAAGCUGGUUCAUGGUCGCGUGUCGGUGGAACUACCCUUCUGAGAAAGCAGUCUCAUUGAUUGUAUAAGAUGCGCCAAGAUUGCCAACGGCCAAUAGAGAUGGGCCGAAUAUGGAGUUUUUCGGCUCCACUAGGUGGGUUCUCUGUUCGUAAUCGCUUUUCGCUACAUACGGUUUUCCCCCGUGUUAUCGGCUACGCUCGUAGCGCGUAGCUCGCGCUGGCACUGAAUAUGUUAAGAGAGACGACACUGUAUAUACUGAUAUAUUUUUAUUUUUUCACAUUUAUGUAUGUUUUCACUUUUAAAACCAUUGGGUGCAUUGGCUACUGAAAAUAAAUAAUUUAUCUAUUGUAAAGUAGCCUAUUAUAUAGUUGGUCAAGCAGAUCUUGUCAGUAGAAAAAGGCGGCAAAUUUGAAAAAUGUAGGCGCGAAGGGAUAUCGUCUCAUAGAAAAUUUGAAUUUCGCGCCUUUUUCUACUGACAAGAUUUGCUUGACCAUCUAUAGUUAUCAUUCUAGUACUCUUUAACUUUCUAUGCCAAUUGAAUUAUAAAAUUACUUUUAGUAUUAAAAACGCCCGUGUGUAUAAAUGAAUGUAAAUAUUGUAUUGAUUUGUAAUAUUUUAAGGACCAUUAUAUAAAUCAAACUGCACAGUG